CUCACUUCUCUCAUUCCUACACUCACCUUCCUCUCUAUAUAUUAAACCCUAUCUACUUCACUCUUCUUCUAACUCUAAUCUCUCUCUCUCUCUUUCUCUUUACUCUGUUUUUGUUAUCUCUCUAUCUUUCUCUUAAAGAAACAAACAUGACGGUGGUUAGAGAGUACGACCCGAGCCGAGACUUAGCCGGCGUGGAGGACGUGGAGCGACGGUGUGAGGUCGGACCAAGCGGCAAGCUUUCUCUAUUCACCGACCUUUUGGGUGACCCGAUUUGUAGAAUCCGACAUUCACCGACCUAUCUCAUGUUGGUGGCUGAGAUGGGUACGGAGAAGAAGGAGAUAGUGGGCAUGAUUAGAGGAUGUAUCAAAACCGUUACAUGUGGCAAAACACUCGAUUUAAAUCAUAAAUCCCAAAACGACGUCGUUAAGCCUCUUUACACUAAACUCGCUUACGUUUUGGGCCUUCGUGUCUCUCCUUUCCACAGGAGACAAGGGAUUGGGUUUAAGCUCGUGAAGAUGAUGGAGGAAUGGUUUAGACAAAACGGUGCUGAAUAUUCGUAUAUUGCAACUGAGAAUGAUAAUCAAGCUUCUGUGAAUUUGUUCACCGGAAAAUGUGGUUAUUCGGAGUUUCGUAUGCCGUCGAUUUUGGUUAAUCCGGUUUACGCUCAUCGAGUUAAUGUCUCGCGGCGAGUCACGGUUAUUAAACUAGACCCGGUUGAUGCUGAGACGUUGUACCGAAUCCGGUUUAGCACAACCGAGUUUUUCCCGCGAGAUAUUGAUUCUGUUCUUAAUAACAAACUCUCACUCGGGACUUUCGUCGCGGUGCCACGUGGUAGCUGUUAUGGAUCCGGGUCUGGAUCAUGGCCCGGUUCGGCUAAAUUCCUCGAAUACCCGCCCGAGUCUUGGGCCGUACUAAGCGUGUGGAAUUGUAAAGACUCGUUUCGGUUAGAAGUACGUGGCGCGUCGAGAUUAAGACGCGUGGUGGCUAAAACGACUCGCGUGGUUGAUAAAACGUUGCCGUUUUUGAAACUCCCUUCGAUACCAUCUGUUUUUGAGCCUUUUGGGCUUCAUUUUAUGUAUGGAAUUGGAGGAGAAGGUCCACGCGCGGUGAAGAUGGUGAAAUCGUUGUGUGCUCACGCGCAUAACUUGGCUAAAGAAGGAGGUUGUGGUGUUGUGGCGGCGGAAGUUGCCGGAGGAGAGCCGUUACGGCGAGGGAUACCACAUUGGAAAGUGUUGUCAUGUGCCGAGGAUCUUUGGUGUAUUAAACGGCUUGGGGAUGAUUAUAGUGAUGGUGUUGUUGGUGAUUGGACUAAAUCGCCACCUGGCGUUUCAAUUUUUGUAGACCCUAGAGAAUUUUAAACUUUUUUUUUUUCUUAUAAGUUAUUAGAUUUUAGAUCAUGUUAUUAGGGUUUUAGAAUUAAUCAUUUUGAUAUUU